CGCAAGCGAAGUAGGUCCUCAUUGCCUGGUAUUACGCGUGCGUGCUGACAGGCUUGAUUUCCCUCCCCGCCCCGCAACCCCCCCGGAAAACCACGCGCCUGCGUAGUGGGGAGUACGGUGACAGAAGUCCGGGUGGGGCUCAGGCCAGUCAUGGCGGAGCCUUGGUCUGGGCAGUACUUUCAGGCUCUACCCGCCACGGUGCUGGGCACUCUAGGCACCCUGGGCAGCGAGUUCCUAAAGGAGUGGGAGGCGCAGGACAUGCGCGUGACCCUCUUCAAGUUGCUGCUGCUGUGGUUGGUGUUAAGUCUCCUGGGCAUCCAGCUGGCGUGGGGGUUCUACGGGAACACUGUGACCGGGUUGUAUCACCGCCCAGCUCUGAUGUGUUCCUGCCUCCAGGUCUGGGCGGCCAGAAUGGAUCUACACCUGAUGGCUCUACUUACUUCCCUUCGUGGGAAACAGCAGCAAAUGAACCUCUCAAAACCCACAGAGAAUAAGGGAAGGCAGCAGCAAAAGGGUCUCCAGAGGCAUUACUGGAUCUGCUGGCUCCUACAUUGGGUCCUGAUGCUGCCUAGAUCCCUGGGACAACUGCAGGAGGCUCAGGGUUGGAGACAGAGAGUACCCCAGUGUUUGCAGGGCAUAAUUCCAUUGCCUUUGGCCUUGCCUUCAACAGCCCCAGGUACUGGGUGAAUGAAGAAUUUGCCUCUGCCCU